AUGCCGCGCUGUUAUAUGGUGAAGAAAGGCCCUCGAUCUGACGACCCGCCAUGCAGUCCUCCUGGCUACCGGGACGAGUCGCCGAUCAGGGCAGACAGCCCUUCAGACGACCUCGUCAUCAUAGAACCAGAAUCACCGGCAGUCAACUACGAGGAGAUAGGAAGCACACCCAUUACUGAACGAACUGCUGAAGAGACAGAGGCAGCUCAUGAAUUAUUGUCUCUCGCGCACAGCUUGCCACCCCUGCCGCCCGUGCCGCCUGUCCCACCCUUACCACCAGUAACACCAGUGCCGGCGUUGCCGCAGUUCCCACCGCUGCCGUCUCUGCCACAGCUGCCGCAGCUGCCCCCGCUGCCGUCUCUUCCGUCACUGCCUUCGAUACCACCGUUAUCAUCGCUGUCAGCACUGCCAUCUGUUCCUCUCGUCUCCGUGCUACCACCUAAUGAACCUGUCGUCCCAAUUUACACCUAUACCAUACAUCCCACUAAUAUCUACAUAAUAGCUGAAGAGUCACGUGACCCCUCAUAUAAUAACUCAGUGCCAACAAUAACACCGAUCCCUUGUGGCAUCGAAUAUACAAUCGAACCUCAAUUAAGCUAUCUUGCUUAUCAGCAUGUACCGGAAACGGUCAUGCCAGUCGGUCAUAUAUUGGUCCCUGCAGCAGAAGUAAUACCUAAUAAUAAUCGACCCGAACCAAGUCGAGUCACUGAUGUAGUGGAACCACCAAGCAGGCUCCCUUGCUUAAUGGAGCCCGAACGUCCAAAAAUCAAACCAAUUAAUGCUCCAAGAGGGAAAAAUGCUAAAUAUGAUUGUAAAGAAUGUGGAAAGCGGUACGCUACAUCCUCAAAUCUGUCACGCCAUAAGCAAACACAUCGCAGCCUUGAUUCAGUAGCAGCGAAACGCUGCGAGGAUUGUGGCAAAGUAUAUGUGUCAAUGCCUGCACUUGCGAUGCACGUUCUGACUCAUAGAAUGGGCCACGUUUGCGGUAUAUGUGGUAAACAAUUUUCCAGACCCUGGCUAUUGCGUGGUCACUUACGUUCCCACACGGGAGAAAAACCUUAUGACUGUCCAUACGAAGGAUGCCCUAAGGCGUUUGCGGACCGCUCAAAUUUACGUGCACAUCUGCAGACUCACACAGGUGACAAAAAAUUUGAAUGCUCAAAGUGCAAGAAAACUUUUGCUUUAAAAAGUUACUUGGCCAAGCAUGAGGAAACGGUGUGCUUUCGAGAUGAGAUUGCUUGUGAUCCGGAGUUAAUUCGACCUGCAAUACCUGAAACAUCGGGUGUACAGUCUGACAAGCCGUUAGAUCAGCCGAAUACUCCCUCUGUGGGAUUUGAACAGGCUGAGAACUCUAACCAGCAAAACUCUCCCUGCCUUCAGGCCCCGCUUGAAGGUGAAGUUCGAACAGACUCAGAUUGUAUUCAGCUUGAGAAUAAAGAGAUUAGUGAUCAAACUAUGUAUACUGAUUCUCAGACUGAAGAUAUCCAGGCUGAAACAGCAGUCAGACGGUAUGAGCCUCUACGCCCCAUCGGUAUACGAUCUGGUUUGGAACCACUGGCUCUGGAAUUUGAAGAUCCUCCGCAACCAGCAGUGAUACGUUUUGAUCCGUCUUGCGUUUUGCCCGAGCCAGAAAUUAUACGAUACGAUACAAUGAGUCUGGUGCCUGUGUUCGCAGAAUAA